UUUUCAGCAAACCCCGGAAACAUCGUUGUUUAAAGUGUUUUCAGUAGUUACCACAGCGACAAAGUCAAAUUGGGAAUAUCGUGAAAACUCAUGAGAAGAAAAAAACACAAUUUGCUUUUUUGGUAUUCAUUUAAGGUUAUGGUUAGGCAUAAGGUCAGUAGUGCGGUUAAGGUUAGGGUUGAUGUUAGGGUUUAAAAUCAGAUUUUAAGAAGAUAAAUUGUAUAAAUAGGCAGAGGUUAUGACUUUGUGGCUGUGGUAGCUAGUGACGACCUGUUUAAAGGGAAACUGAGCUAUUUCAUGGGCGAGGGCGAAAACAGCUAAAGCGCAGAAAAGCAGAUAAAUGCAAAAUAGCCAGCAAGCAAAGGAGCUAGCCUAGCUAUGUGGUCAGAGAGGAGAGGAGAGACGACAAGACGAGACGGAAAAAUUCGAUGAUCAACGAUGCAAUCAACUUCUCUUCGAAGAUAGCUAACGUUGGUUUUGAUAGCAAUCCGAUUGAUCUUUGAAUGUAAAAAAAAAAGAGACACUUGAUGUGAAAUCGGACAGGGCUGUCCUGAAGCAAAGAUAAAAGGGAAAAAAGUUCAACUCCGCUUCUGAGAUGAAGGAAAUGUCUAGUUAACCCUUUAUGUGUCAAGCCUGUCGUCCCCUUCAUGUAGCUGAUAGUUACUGCUCUGGUUGAGGAGGCCAAGAGAGGAGCAAAAGAAAGCGAAGAGAGAGAGAGAGAGAGAGAGAGAUAACGAAGGCAAGCUGACCGGCUAGACUCUCUGAAAGGCAGAGAGACACCAGUCACCAGAGGUGCUCACCCCAAAACAAAAAGGAAAAGUGGAAAAACAAAGGCAGAGUAAAAGAAAGAGAAGCCUUGGCUGUGUCUCUGUGAGGGGUUUCUCUGUGGAAUGCACAUGUCAUGAUGCCGUCGCUGAGUCUCACCCUGCGUCCAGGUGACCAGGGAGGGUGUGUCGAGUCAUCAGCCAAUCACAGCAGAUGCUUUAGGAGAGUCAGUUUAUGUUCAUCAGUACUUCCUCUCAGAACCCUCCCGCCUCACUGACGUCCUGCCCCCUCGGUGGUAGGUAGGUAGUUCCUGUAUCCAUCUCUUCCAUCAUUUCCUCUUCCUCCUGAAGCCCCGCCCAUUACUGUCUGGCUGUGCGGGGAUGCUGGUGCUAGCUGGCACUGGUCGUAACUAUGGUGAUAGUCAGGUAACCGUGGUAGGAGGAGUCUGUGGGCACAGCUUCCUGAUGUUGUGCCAGGUGCUGACGGGACAGGAGGGCACCAUUGAACGGACGGGCACAGAGGCGCUGUGCAACUCUGCUUCCUGGUUUACACUGAUGACAUCACAACAGGAAGUAUAGGACCUAUCUUACUGUAGAACGUCAAUCUCCGCCUCCUUGCACUUUCUAGAACUUCCUGUUGCUGCUACUUGACUUCCUGUUGCAGAAAGUCUCUCAGACACUUUAAGGCUCUGACCUCUAACCUCUGAACCCAAGCAGCCAUGAGGCACAUUCACGUAGAACUGACACGUGGCAGCAAGGAGGAGCUGGCUCCUGUGGAGCUUCCAUCCCAGGAUGGGGACCUGCCUCCUCCCGCGGCCCCCUCACAGGUCCCCAACCUUGGGGUGAUGAAACCGGGGGUGGUGGUUCCCAAGCCCUUUGGUCAUGAGCAGCUGCGUCUCCAGAAGGUCUACCAGCUCUCCAUCUUCUCCCAGCUGGGGGGGUUCUCAGCCUCCGAGCUCCCCAGAACCAGUGAGGCCCAGCCGGGGCAGGUCCAGCCGGGUCAGGUCCAGCGGACUGACAGGGUGGGGGUCAAGAGGGGACAGGGUGGGGGUCAAGAGGAGUCCCAUCUAACCCACAAAUGGCCCCACCUGGCUGGGGACCUAGACAGGGAAAGGGAUGGAGGGGUGAUGUCAGGACCUGGGGUAGGGGUGGAUGUCGGAAUGGGGGUUGGGAUUGGGUUAGGGAUGGGGGUAGGGCAGGGGCCUGUAUCCCCCUGCAUCAUGGUGGAUCACAGAGAUUCAGAUGGGGGCCUGUCGCCUAGAUCCCCCCCAGCUGCCCCCCUCUCUCCGGGCCACACCCCCGCCCGACGCCCUGCCCAGCACAAUCACGACAGGCCCGUCCCGGACCUGUGGGCCCCGCUGUCGCCCAAACCAUCCCCCAUAGUCGAGCCCCACAGCCCCCCUGGCUCCUGCAGCCCCUUUCCCAGCACAGAGCCUCCUCCUGGGGGAGACACGCCAGCCUGCUCCCUGGGCAAUCCUGGAGGGUCUGGGGAGGGCUGCAGUAGUGGCUCCUCAUUGGGACAGCAUCAGCCCAACUGCUGCACUGACGGCCCCCAUGGGGCACUUGGGACAAUCGACACCCUUAGCCCUCCCCUCAGACCUCCCGGCUCCCUCUCCCACCGCUUCACUCCCACCACAGACCCCCAGGAGCCUGGGGAGGGUAGGGAGUGUUGGGCCAAACUGGAGUCUUCACCGCCCCAUCCCAGUGCCACCGCCUUCAACUCCACCAACGGCCUGAGCUCCGGGGAGAAGACCCCCAGCACCAGUGGCCUGAGCUCCGGGGAGAAGACCCCCAGCACCAGCGGCCUGAGCUCCGGGGAGAAGACCCCCAGCACCAGUGGCCUGAGCUCCGGGGAGAAGACCCCCAGCACCAGCGGCCUGAGCUCCGGGGAGAAGACCCCCAGCACCAGCGGCCUGAGCUCCGGGGAGAAGACCCCCAGCACCAGCGGACUCCGUGGGAUCUCUUCGGGCCCCUGCCCGGCCAAGAAGAAACUGCUAUCAUCCAGCGACACGGGAGAGUCGUGUUCGGAGGACGAGGGCCCCUCCACCUCUAAGAGGAGCCGUCUGGCCCUGCUGGCCCCGGGGUUAGGGCUGGCCUCCUGCAGGGGCACCGAUGCCAAGGCUGCCCCCUUCUGGAACCAUCUGCUGCCCAACGCACGGGACCCGGACCACACCAAGAGUGUAUCAGAAUGCAGAGGAGCCAGCAGGAGGCUGAAAAGUGGGAUGCGCCUGAAAAGUCGACAGCUAUGUAGUGGGCGGCGUACAGACACCUUGGGUCGCUCUGCUCGGUCAGGCUGGCCCUCUUCUUCCAUCAGCCGUUCACUACUGGGUAACUUUGAGGAGUCGAUCCUGAAGGGUCGUUUCUCUCCGUCGGGUCAUAUCGAGGGCUUCACAGCAGAGAUCGGUGCCAGCGGAUCUUACUGCCCUCAACACGUCACUCUGCCUGUACACGUCACUUACUACGACAUCUCAGAGCACAGCGCACCUUCACCCUUCCUGGGGGUUAUCUCCUUGGAGCCUUUAGGAAAGAAGGGAUACAGCGUACCCAAAGCAGGGACCAUACAAGUGACCUUAUUCAACCCCAAUAAAACUGUGGUGAAGAUGUUCCUCGUGACCUAUAACUUUGGGGACAUGCCCGUCAAUCACAUGACCUUCCUGCGUCACCGCAUCUUCCUGGUUCCCGUUGAGGAGGCGGGGCCAGAGGCGAAGGGGGAUGGGCCUCCAGAGCCCAGGGCCACGCCCACAGAGAGGAGGAAGAUUCUCUGCUACCUGAUACACCUCAGAUUCCAGAGCUCUAAAUCUGGGAAGAUCUACUUGCACAACGAUAUCCGGCUGCUAUUCUCCCGCAAGUCCAUCGAGGUGGACACGGGGAUCCCUUACGAGCUCAAAUCUUUCACAGAGGUGCCAAAAAACCCCAAAUACUCCCCCCGUGUGUGAGCCUAUGAUGAACCCGCGACCCCUGACCCCCAUCACCAACGCAGCCCAUUCCUGGAACUGGGCACAGAGCGAUAAA